GUCCCUCCGUCCGUCCGUCCCUCUCCGAGCCCGGCGCGAUGCACGUGCGCCCUGGGCGCACCGGCGGCGGCUCCUCCUUGGCGGUGAUCUGGGCGCCCCUGUUCCUGUUGCGCGCCGCCCUGGCCCUGGCCGACUUCAGCCUGGACAACGAGGUGCACUCCAGCUUCAUCCACCGGCGCCUCCGCAGCCAGGAGCGCAGAGAGAUGCAGCGCGAAAUCCUCUCCGUCCUGGGCUUGGCGCACCGGCCGCGCCCGCACCUCCAAGGCAAGCACAACUCGGCGCCCAUGUUCAUGCUGGACCUGUACAACGCCAUGGCGGUGGAGGAGGGCGUGGGGCCCGACGGCCAAGGCUUCUCGUACCCCUACAAGGCCCUCUUCAGCACCCAAGGCCCCCCGCUGGCCAGCCUGCAGGAUAGCCACUUCCUCACCGACGCUGACAUGGUGAUGAGCUUCGUCAAUCUGGUGGAGCACGACAAAGAGUUCUUCCACCCGCGCUAUCAUCACCGAGAAUUCCGUUUCGACUUGUCCAAGAUCCCUGAAGGAGAAGCGGUGACAGCCGCUGAGUUCCGCAUCUAUAAAGAUUAUAUCCGGGAACGCUUUGACAACGAGACCUUUCAGAUCAGCGUGUAUCAAGUGCUUCAGGAGCAUCUGAGCAGGGACUCAGACCUGUUUCUGCUGGACAGCCGGACCCUCUGGGCAUCAGAGGAGGGCUGGCUCGUGUUCGACAUCACAGCCACCAGCAACCACUGGGUGGUCAACCCCCGGCACAACCUGGGCCUGCAGCUGUCCGUGGAGACCCUGGAUGGGCAGAGCAUCAACCCCAAGCUGGCAGGCCUCAUCGGGCGACACGGACCCCAGAACAAGCAGCCAUUUAUGGUGGCCUUCUUCAAGGCCACGGAGGUCCAUCUCCGAAGUGCCCGCUCUGCGGGGACCAAGCAACGCAACCAGAACCGCUCCAAACCGCCCAAGAACCAGGAAGCUCUUCGGGUGGCCAAUGUCGCAGAGAACAGCAGCAGUGACCAGCGGCAGGCCUGCAAGAAGCACGAGCUCUAUGUCAGCUUCCGGGACCUCGGCUGGCAGGAUUGGAUCAUCGCGCCCGAAGGCUACGCAGCCUACUACUGUGAGGGCGAGUGUGCCUUCCCCCUGAAUUCCUACAUGAAUGCCACUAAUCACGCCAUUGUGCAGACGCUGGUCCACUUCAUCAAUCCAGAGACGGUGCCCAAGCCAUGCUGCGCCCCGACCCAGCUGAAUGCCAUCUCUGUCCUCUAUUUCGACGACAGCUCCAAUGUUAUACUCAAGAAGUAUCGCAACAUGGUCGUGCGUGCCUGUGGCUGCCACUAGCCUGCCCACGAGUCUGAGCCUCUGGGGCCACAUUCUCGAGACGUGGUGCCUUCAGUUCCCCCCUGUGCCAGGGAGCCAACAGC